AUGGAAGUGGCUAACGAAUAUGAUAGGCUGAUAAACGUCCUUCAGGAAAUCAUGGGGGUUGGCACAUGGUCUGACUGUGUUGCUCGCACGCUGAAUGGGGGCUCGCUGGCCGUCAAGAAUCACUCUGAUACCACCAUCAUCAAUACUUCUAUAAACUACCCUGGACUGCUGAUACAGUGCGCGUCAAACUCAACUGGUAAGUAUGCAGCCCUUGUUGAUGUUCUUUCGCGUAAUACCACCGCUAUUUUGAACGGAGAGUUUACAAAGGCACUGGUGCACAAGGACAGCUUUUUGGACGGCACCCUCAUGAUAGCCUUCAUCUUGUGCGGGGUGUGCGUCGGAUCCUGGAUGCUGUUUCUGGUACUCCUUUUAUUACCUGAUAACAACCACAACCAUCGCAAGAAAAUGGUGUAUCUGGGUGUUCUGUACCAAGCUGCUUGGUACACAGUCAUUCUUCAAAAAACCUCUAGCAACGUCUUUGCAACACAAUACGCAGGAAACUACCAAAACUCCUCUGAAUACCAUACCACUAUUGUCGAAACGAAUUUCUAUCGAGUCAUGCUUUUCUUUGGCUCGCUAAUAUGUGAUCUGAACUGGCUAAACAUCGUUUAUUACAUGUUCCACAACUACCAAGAAUCUCAUAAACAUUGGGUUCCUCGCGUGCUCAAUAACAAAAACAAGCAAAUCCUAGUGUGCGGAUUGACCCUCACAGUUGGUCAUGCACUUUUGGUCUGCCUCCAACUGUGGUACACUGGCCGAGGUAUCGAAGUCGUUCAGGUCUUCCUAGAAGUCGUGCAUUUUCUUAUUUAUACAGUUUUCACAGCCUGUUUGGCAUACUAUGUGUGGCAUGACUUUGGUUUCACUUUAGCUCCCAAGAGGGCCGAGAAAAAGCUUACCGUCUGCGAACAAAUAAAGCAUAUCUGGAGGGAUUACCAUGAAAUCAUACCUUUGCUAGUCUACAAUGCUUUGACAAUCGCACUGGUCUAUAUCUGUGACAUAGCGUUGAUAAGUGUGCGGUGUCAGGUCGAAAACUGGAUGGGCAACUUACUUACUUUUCUCAAGUUACUAAUCACCGUUAAUGUAUGGGGGCUAAUAGGCGUCCUUGAAAGACGUGAAAGUACGGUAAGCAAACAGACUGUAUUAGGACGCAAAAUCAACAACAGAGACAGGUUUUUCGUGGACCCCAAUUUCAAUUACGAUGGACACGAUACAUGUUCCAAUGUCGAAGAUACGGGACACACAGAUGAUUCACCACAAGUAUCUUCACGAAAAACCUAUUCAAACGUAUUCAAGUUCCUGCAUCGGCCCAGUGCGGCUUUGAAAUCUAGAGUACAAGGACUGCGAGGGAAGAAGCUUUUCAAUCCUGGAAUACAUGCGACGACUCCUCAAUCACCUUCCGGCUACAAUCAUUCUUCAGAUAGAUUGAUUGGUAAUGCAGAAGCUUUUUACAAUGACGCAAGCAUACACGAAAGCGAAUCUGUUGAAACAUUUCUUACGAGAAAUGUCAUUUACGAUCACGAUAAUUAA